CGCUCUCUGAAUCUGCUUCUUCAACUAUUCUGCUGCAUUCCAUUCAAGAUUUUUCAAGUAUUUGUUGAGAGAUCGCAAACAAUGUUGCAAUGGAUGGGGGAUCAAGACGGAAAGUCUUAAUUUCAAGGAGAUCUACACUGAACAGGCAAAAACAAUACUUUGAACAAAGGAAACAAAAAGAAAAGGCAGCAGUUUCUGAGGGCCAUAUUGAUGAAACUACCAUAACUGGACGACAUCAAAAGGAAUGUCAAUCUCUGGAUAUCCUCAACUUGCUCGACCUCUCAACUGUUUCUGCUGAAGGGAGUCAUGGUAAGUUUGGUGCUUUGACAUUGAUGUAUCAAAUACCAAAGGAUCCAGCAAUAAUCGUUUCAAGUUCAGUCCCCCCUUCUUCUUCUCUUAAAACCAAGGAAGCAGGUGCAGGUGCUCCACCAUCAAGCUGCCAAGGGAAGUUGCAAUACUCGAAGGUUUCAUUUCGAGAUCAUGACAAUUCUGAUUUAAAUGUUGCCAAUAAUAGUCUGGAUCUCAGGAAUGCAGCCACCGAGAAUCAACUAUCCGUUUUCGACAUGCUAAUUAGUGAUGAAUCAGAUGUGAAUUCAGGGAGAAGGCUGGUUCUUGAAGCUCAUGUUGCAUUUUCAGUUGAAGGUUUAGGUAAAAUCAGAACAGACUCUCCAUUGCACUCCCCAAAGCAAAAGGGCAGUUUCCUGGACAACUCAGUGCCAUAUGGUUUCUAUGAACUGCAUACUUCAUGA